AUGUUUGCUCGUGCUUUUACCUUGAUUGCUCUGCUCUCGGUUUUGGCCGUUGUUUUGGCAAACCCCGCCCAGAAACGCCAGAUUCCCGAUCUAUCGUCGAUUGUCUCUGAAGUGACGAGUGGCUUCAACAGUAUCACGAGCGCUGCUGGGAGUGUGGCGAGCGAAGCAACCAGUGUAGCGGGAAGCGCCUUUAGCGAGGUGACCAGCGGUGCGGCCAGUGUAUACACUCUAGUAACCUCGAACGCGGGUUCCGUCUAUACGCAAGUCUCGGCGCAAGGAACGUGGUACUCUGUUGCUACCAAUGCAGCCGGGGAAGCUUAUUCAGUUGCUCUGUCUGCAGCCGAGAGCGCGACUAGCCGUGCUCUUGAAACCAACGCUGCAACUCACGGAUUGCGCUCUGACUGGUUCUCUUUCCCUCUCCUUACUGCGCUCGUCGCUGUCACUGUGGGAGUUUUCGCGGGAGCAGCGACCGUGUUCUAG